AUGAAUAUUUUUGAUAGAAAAGCGAAAAUACUGCAAAAAGAACGGGCGGCCCUACGUGAGGAUUAUGAAUUGGCUGAAUAUAUAAAGGAAGAGGUUGGUUGGAGAACAGCUGAUCGAGUUUUCGAUAUAAAAAGGACAUUCAAAAAUGCAGUAGAAUUAGGAGCUGGUAGAGGAUAUGUGUCCCGUCAUUUUCUUCCUGAUAGUGUUGAAAAAAUAACCCUGUGUGACACAUCACAAACACAUCUGGAUAAAGCUAUAGUUGGUGAUGGAGUCAAAUUUGAGAAGGUUGUUAUGGAUGAAGAAAAUUUUGAAUUUCCAGAUAAUAGCAUUGAUUUGCUGGUGUCAUCUUUGGCCCUGCAUUGGGUAAAUGACUUACCUGGGUGUUUCGAUAGAGUCAUGAGAUGUCUACAGCCAGAUGGUGGCCGCUGCCUGGGGGCGCCCCGGGCCGCCAGCCGAGCGCGAGGAGCUGCACGAUCACCUAUCAGCCCCUCGCAUCCAUCAUCCCCACCAGAAGGCUUGGUGUCGGCUGGGUCUUCUCGGACUCAGCAAGCGGCACCCGCCGCUGGUGGAGCACGUCGCAUGCGUUGGACAAAAUCUAUGAACGAAAACGCAUUGCGGGCGUACUAUAAGGCGAAAGGGGAAGAAACUGUGGGAAUAGCGUAUAGGUCUCGGAUGCAUUGCUUUUUUGCUGAGCUGGAGCCUUCUAUUCCUGUCACGGAACAACACCUGGCAGACCGAAUUCGGUACAUCAUGCGCUCGAAAAUAUUUGAUGAUGCCGAACUCGAACGACUACAACGUGAGGCUAUUCCGUCGUCGAAUGAAUCGGCUAUGGCUGGAGAUGCAGCUCCACAUUCGACAGACCAGCAUCCACACGUGGAAGCCGCCAUGGAUCUUCCAGCUGUGGUUGAUUCGAACGUCGAUGAAAUAGUCUCCCACGAACUAGAGCAAAUGAGGAGUAUAUUGGAAGAGGCGAUUUUGGAAACGCGCAGCACCCCUCUCGAAAUUCGACCGCGACUUCCCCGCAUACCCCUAAGCAAGCGAAAUCGGGCUGUCGUGAGGGCUCUUAACCCAAUGCUGGUGACCUAUUUGGAAGCCAGCCGGGACCUUUGCGAGACGGACUCAAUUCUCUUUGGCGCCGCAGUGGCAGUUUGCCGUAUUAUUGGCGCCAAACUUCCCAUGGCUGGACGCGCUACUACACAAAGUAGCGCCAUCCCAGCCUGGAGAAAAAUAAUCGAGGACCGUGUUGCAAAGGCAAGGGCCCUUACCGGCAGACUGACAAGCUUCAGGUCGGGUAAUAAUAGACCGAGGAUUUUGCGCACCGUUAGGAUGGCGUUUGCUGGGACAAAUAUCAGUUUGUCCCAGCCGGAUAUCACGCAGAAACUAACGGAGCGCAUAGACGACCUGAAGCAAGAGGUCAAGGCGGUUCAACCAGAAUCGUCUCUUCCAGAGUGA